AUGGCUUCAAUUCGUGCACCAGUCAUCAGAAACCUCCUUAGCCGUCCUGUUCUGUCUACCAGGCACGUCCAGCGACGAUGGGCUCAGGUUCACGAUGUGCGGUUCGUGGCAACCCAUCAAUCCUCUCAGGUCAUUGAAAAAUACAAGGAGAAGUUAGCUCGCAAGGCCAAAGAGGAGGGCCAUGAGUCCGUAUCCUCGCUCAAGGAAGCAUAUAAAGAGAAGAUCCAGGAAGUGCGCAAGGCCGACUCACCCAUUCAAACACCCCUGAAACCAUCGACAGCCUCAUCUGAACCAGCCGGACUGGAUAAGAAAGCGCCAGCACCUACCGCAAAGACACCUUCAUCGUCUGCACCCGGCAUAAAGCCGCUAUCAUCAUAUCUAGACAUCGAGAAGACCCGUACGCUUUCACCAGAUAUGAUUGGCAAAAUAUGGCGUGCCCGACACGUUACCAAUGCGAACUCGAUAUGCGCCUGCAUCCCCAUCGAAACGUAUAACCGCAUGAUAAAAGUUGCUCGACAGAAUCCGCAAUUCAUCCUCCCUCUUCCCCGCGAGCUAGAGACACCGACGGAUCCAACGCCUGAAUCAGAAAAACCAGCUGAGAAGGCUAUAGGGGCAGAAAUGCACUUUCUUCAAUGGGGGUUCCAUCCUCCUGCGUCGGCGAGCCCUGCUUCAGUGCCGACGCCUCUGAACACACAUAACACGCAUACCUCGACGGUGAUAUUUACGUCGUUGGCAGAGUAUAAGUUGCACGUGGGCUAUGCGCCGCCGCAUACUGUGAUAACGCACCAUCUAGACUUUGCCGAUGAGAAGGGAAUCGUGUUAAUGAAUGGCACUGUGGUUACGGAUCGGGGUAUGACGACGGACGAUGCGCAGCUGCUAGUAUUAUGGCUGCAGAGGUUUUACGACUGGGGUGCUGAGGGGGCUGGUAGCGAGGGUGGAAGGAAAGGGGAGAUGUUGAGGAUGUUCACCAAGGGUGAUACCGAGGGAUUCAAGGUGCAGGAGCUCAUCGAUGAAGUUCAAAGGGUCUAG